AUGGCAAACACAAUAUCAUAUCUCGUUUUAUUUUAUAUGUUCAGUGACUGUUUAACGCAGUGCUCGCAAAAUGAUAUUAAAAAUGGUGAUAGUCCUCCUAUAAAGACAUUGAACUUUACGCAGAUAGCCGCUCAAGUUGGAUAUGCAGUGAACGAAUACGAUGUGACUACGCAGGAUGCGUACAUCUUAAAGCUGUUCCACAUUCCAGGGGACAAAACAAAACCUGUACUGCUAAUGCACGGUAUUAUAGAUUCAGCUGAUACCUUCAUUCUUCGUGGGAACACGUCACUAGCUGUGACCCUCUCGAGAGCAGGCUAUGACGUAUGGAUCGGCAAUACUAGAGGCAACAGAUACGCCCGGCGUCAUAUUUACUUACAUCCAGAAAACGACGUCGAAUUUUGGGAUUUCAGCUUCCACGAAUAUGGCCUCUACGAUCUUCCCGCAAUAAUAGACUUCAUUUUAGACCAAACAGGAGAAGCUAGCCUAAGUGCAGUAGGACAUUCGCAAGGAAGCACAAAUUUCUUAGUGCUCGGUGCAUUAAGACCGGAUUACAACGAAAAAGUUAAAGUGUUGGUUGCAUUGUCGCCGAUAUGUUUCCUGGCUAACGUAAAGAAUGUAGCGUCGUUAAUGCUUCAGUCAGUUUCGAUUUUGGACCAAAUCUAUCAAAUAACCGGCCAGGAAGAGUUAUUCGGGGAUGAAACGUCGCUGGGUCAGUUAUUUAGAGCAGUUUGCGGCUGUAAAGGAAGUUAUAGUGUUUGCGCUUAUGGAAUCUUCUUCCCAGUAGCUGGUAGCGAUCCCGAGGAAUUGGAACCGGACUUCUUUCCUACCAUCGUAGCGCAUUACCCAACCGGGACUUCUAGGAAGAACGCUGUGCACGUGUCUCAAUUGGGAAUCAAGGAAAAGUUCUCUAACUUUGAUUACCAAUGGAGAAACGUGGACAUUUACAAUUCCACAACUCCUCCGGAAUAUGAAUUGAGUAACGUAACCAUGAAAGUUGCGUUAUUGGUUGGUAGAAACGAUCAGAUAUCAACGAUAAAGGAUGUAGAACUGUUGAGGAGUAAGCUCCCGAAUGUCGUAGAGUAUAAAAUUAUACAUCACAAGAAAUUUAAUCAUAUUGAUGCUGUUUGGGGAAGGAAUAUGUAUAAGUAUCUAUUUCCUGAAAUUCUUAAAGUUUUAAAAAACAUAUAG